AUGAAGCAUCCUCAUCAAUCCUCUGUAUUCCACUGUCUGAAGAAGCAGGUGAUAAAGUGGUCUGGCACUUUGACAAUAAUAGGAAUGUCUCUGUUAAAAGCUCACUCUUGGGCAUUUACGCAAGAACUAAUGAGGUAUGCAGUUGUGACAGGAUCAAACAAAGGAAUCGGAUUUGAAACUGUAAGGCAGUUGGCCUCGAAUGGAAUCACUGUGGUGUUAACUGCUAGAGAUGAGAAAAGAGGCCUUGAAGCUGUUGAGAAGCUGCAUGAGUCUGGCCUCUCGGGCCAAGUAGUAUUUCACCAACUUGAUGUGGCUGACCCUGCUAGUAUUGCUUCUCUGGCACAAUUCAUCAAAACUCAGUUUGGGAAGCUCGAUAUUUUGGUGAACAAUGCUGGGAUUUUUGGAGCUAUAGCUGAUGCUGAUGGUUUCAAAGCUGCAAUUGCCUCUAGUGCUGUAAGGGAAGCAGGACAGAUUGAUUUCAAAAAGUUGUUGACUGAAACUUAUGAGUUAACAGAAGAAUGCUUGCAAAUCAAUUAUUAUGGUGCUCAAAGAACAUCUGAAGCCCUUAUUCUACUCCUUCAGCUAUCUGAUUCACCAAGAAUCGUUAAUGUUUCAUCCUCUAUGGGAAAGUUAGAGAACAUACUAGGUGAUCGGGUGAAAGGACUUCUUAGUACUGAUGUCGAGAACCUAAGCGAAGGGAGUGUAGAUGAAGUAUUGACAGAGUUUCUAAAUGACCUCAAGGAGAGUUUACUUGAAAGCAAAGGUUGGCCUUCUGUGAUGUCAGGCUAUAUACUCUCAAAGGCAGCAAUGAAUGCAUAUACGAGGAUUCUAGCCAAGAAGUACCCCAGUUUUCGUGUCAACUCUGUCUGCCCUGGCUAUGUCAAAACAGAUAUAAACUUCAAUACUGGUGUCUUGCCUGUUGAAGAAGGUGCUGCAAGUGUCGUGAAUUUAGCAUAG